CGGCACGUAAUAGUUGUUUUGAUAAUCACAUAUCUCAUUUAGACUAUAUUUUCUGAGAGUCGAGGGCCAGUCUUGGAAUCAUUCUUUCAUUAGCUGUGGUACGACGACGUUCAUUCAGAUUACUUACUUCAAUUCUUUCUAAUCAGCGCGUAAUUUAUUUUUAAAAACAUGGAUUCAAUCGACAACGGUUUCAUUCAGAGCAUCUUUCAAGCCGAAAAGGAUAAAAAGAACAUCAAAUUGGUGGACUACACGGUGAGCCGAAAAGCUGUCGGAGACGAUAACAACGUGAGCAGCGAAGUUUCGAGGUUGUACGUGAAUUACGAAAAAGAUGGGAAACUUAUUAAAAAAACGUAUUUUAUGAAAAUACCUUCCCUGUCGCCAUUAUAUUCUAUUCUCAAACGGAUCGGUAUUUACGAAAAAGAAUGCCACAUGUACACGACGAUCUUGCCAGAAAUGAGACGAUUAGUUCAAAACGAAGACAUCCUAUCUCCUAAAUGCUACGUGAGCUCGGACUCGACCAUUUUGAUCUUGGAAGACCUUCGCGAAUCUGGCUACAAGAUGAUCAAUCGUCGAGCUCAAAUGGAUUUCGAACACGCUUCCGCUGCCAUUCGUACUCUAGCCGAAUUUCACGCGUUGUCUCUAAAACUAAACGAAACCCAUCCCGAAGACUUGAACAACGUUAAACGAGAAUGCUUCUAUUCGCCCGGAAACAAUCAGCUCAUCGAGUCGAGUUACGAACGACUCUUACGAGUUGUACAACGUACCCCUCAAAUUCAACACCUGCAUUCGAAACUGUCUCAGCUCAAAGAUCACCUAUUCGAUGCCAUCGUCGAGAAAACUCAUCCUAGAUCGAACGCUUUGAACGUACUGAAUCACGGCGACUACUGGUCAAAUAACAUGCUGUUCAAAAAAGAAAACGGAGCUAUUAAAAUCAAACUGGUGGAUUUUCAACUCUGCCGAUGGUGCAGUCCGGUCGUCGAUAUUAUGUUCAUGUUCAUGUCCAGCGUACGAUUCGAAGUAUUCGAAGCCAAACGUAACGAGUUACUGGAAAUUUAUCACGAUACGUUCACUCAAUGGCUGAGAUCGUUGAAAUGUCAAGAAACCUAUUCGUUGAACGAAUUGAAAUCAGAUUUUGAAAACGCUUAUUUAGUAGGAUUGAACGUUAUCGCCGGCGUUCUGCCGCUGGUUAUGAGAAAACCGACUGAUUUGAAUUUGAACAAUGCCCUAGACGACGAAGAUAACGUUAACGACGAUGAAUUGACCAGAAUGUACGGCGAGGAGAAAUACGUCGCGGCUGUUACCAAAUGGAUGCUGUUUUACGAGAAAAAUGGUUUAAUACCAGUUGUUUGAAAAUUCAUCGAUGAUGCAGAUUCAAUGAUGUGUUAUGUAUUGAAAUUUCCAUCGGCGAUGCGAUUUUUUCAAAAUGUACAUUUUUUAUAUUUUGCUUAGGAUGAUUUUGAAGAAUUUUGACUUCUAGAAGCAUCCAGAUCCAGUCGUAAAGUACAUUAUCAGAAUAAGUUGAUGUUAUUGUAACGAGGAAAUACCUAAUAACACUCGUAUAUUGGUAGGUAUUUAUUUCAGUCGAUUGAAAAUCGAUUGUUGCCGGUUACCGCACACACAGUAUUAGUGAGUGGGAGUUGUGCAUUUACUCUAAUUUAUUUAACUAUUUUCUUUACAUUUUUUCAUCCUAUUUGUUACAUAUUUUGUUAGGUGAAUAAAUCAUUUGCAAUAAAUACUAUUUAAUUAAUAAA